GGGCUGGAUUGACACACAAUGAGGAGCCGAGGCUGGAGAGACGCGCUGCGAACACCGCUGUAAAUAAAUACUACAAUCACUGAGGCCGGAGCGACAUGGAGAACCAGUGCACAGUGCAGGUGAAGCUGGAGUUGGGCCACAGAGCCCAGCUAAGGAAGAAAGUGACAUCGGAAGGUUUCACCCACGACUGGAUGGUGUUUGUCCGAGGGCCAGAGACCGGCGACAUCCAGCACUUUGUAGAGAAGGUUGUCUUCCGCCUGCACGAGAGCUUCCCCAAACCCAAAAGAGUAUGCAAGGAGCCUCCAUACAAAGUGGAGGAGUCGGGCUACGCAGGCUUCCUCAUGCCUAUUGAGGUCUACUUCAAGAACAAGGAGGAGCCCAAAAAGGUGUGUUUCAACUACGACCUGUUCCUUAACCUGGAGGGCAACCCCCCAGUUAACCACCUGCGCUGUGAGAAGCUCACCUUCAACAACCCCACCAAAGAAUUCAGGAGAAAGCUGAUCAAAGCUGGAGGGGUAUUGGUGGUUCCAGAGGGGGCUGAAGCAAGACCCAAUCCAGAUUACCCAAUGCUCCCCACCAUCCCCCUCUCUGCCUUUUCAGACCCCAAGAAGACCAAGACCUCUCACGUGUCAAAGGAACCCAGCAAAGAAGGAAGCGGUGGAAGCAAGGGACCGAAACCACACAAGCUGACCAAGGAGCAUCGCGAACGACCCCGAAAAGACUCAGAGAGCAAAGCCACGUCAAAAGGAGACAACGACAGAGAUGGAAGCAGCAAGAGUGGCCGAGAUCCUUCCUCUUCCUCAUCCACGUCUUCAAAAAAGCCGCCAGAGAUCAAAGUGAAAGAGGAAGUGAAGGUCCUACCCAAGGCGGCAUUCAAGGAGCCUAAGCUCACCCUGAAGGAGUCAAAGAUGGAGGGCAUGUCCCCUAAAGGAGGGGGGGCUGGGAGUGGAGGGGGUGGUGGGGGAGGAGGCGGUGGUGGGGGAGGAGGAGGCGGGGGAGGCCCGGCAGAAUCCAAAGCACCAGGGAAACGACCCUCCACUGUGGAGUCUCCCAAACCCAGUGCGAAGAAGCAGAAGAAGGCCAGCUCUGAGGGGCCGAAGGGGCCAGGAAGUGGAGCUUUCACAGGAACCUCUCCUCGUGUCUCCUCAUCGUCUGCAGCUAACCAGUCCUACGCUGAGAAGAAACCCUCCAAGGAAAAAGGUCGCUGGGCCAGAGGCAAAAAUGACACACAGGAGCUGAAGGAGCCCAAGAAACUUCCAGAGUCAGAGGAGUCGAAUUCAGAAGAUGAAGCCUCUUCAAAGUCAGAGCAAUCGGCCCCUUCCAGUCCUUCCAACUCCAGUUCUAGUUCUGACUCCAGUUCAGACUCAGACUUUGAGCCGGGACAGAAACAAGGGCAAGGCCCAUUAAGAUCCAUGGUGGAGGAGAUCCAGUCAGAAGAGUCGGAUGAUGAUGACAGCAGCUCGGAGGAGGAGACCCCCAUCAAGACGAACCCCCCAAACCGUGACUCUCGACUCAGCUUGGACAGCGAGAGUGACAGCAGUGACGGCUCGCACCGCCCCAGUCGAGACCCCGCCCCGCCCCCACAGAAACACAGCUCCUCCAACAACAAAGUGUCUGGCAGAAAGAGUCCAGAUUCCUCCUUCCGCUCAGAGAAGGUGUUGAAGAAGGGAUACGACAAGGUAGGAAGGGCCUACACAGAGGAACUGGUGGACCUCCAUCGCAGACUGAUGGCUUUAAGAGAGCGUAAUGUUCUACAGCAGAUUGUCAACCUGAUCGAGGAAACGGGCCACUUCAACGUGACCAACACCACCUUUGACUUUGACCUCUUUUCACUGGACGAGUCCACUGUCCGCAAACUACAGAGCUACCUGGAGGCGACGGCCACGUGACAGGAAGUGGACGCCGGCGUGUGGAUGGCAGCAGCGGCGGGAGUCGACUCGCCACCUAUUCUCCUCUCGCAGGCGAGGUGACGAGUGGUCACAUCUGCCGCAGCUGUUUCACAGGUCUGACUGAAACAUUGAACAACUACCACACGGACAGAAACACACGGUCAAACACGAGCACACAUGAAGACACACCACUUUCACGUGACGCUGGGGAGGAAACGGGAGGAGGUGGCGGAGGUGAUGAAGGGAGCGCUGGAGCCGAUGAUCUCCGUCUACAGUCAGGAUUUUCAUCACACGUCUCUUUUUUUUUGAGUCCGUGCAGAGCUGUGGAAUGCACCCCACACACACACACACACCCCCACCCCCACCCUCCUGCACUGCACUCAUAUUGCUCCCGCCUUAGCGAAGCCAAUACUCCUCCUCCUCCUCUUCACACGCACACUUCUUACCCAGCAGAGCACUCCAGUUCCCCUCCCCCUGCUGUCAGCUGGAGCUCAUUUCUCUCCCGACAUACUGUUGAGUGCGUGUGUGGUGUGAGUGAGUGUGUGUGCGUUUGUGUGUGUGUGUGUUUUUUGUCUGUGCACGUGUGUGCAUGCGAGCACUGCUGAGGUUUAACAGGACAAGUUGUGUUUGUUGUUACUGACUUCUCUUUGUUCGUGAUGCCCAAGUACAAACAACAGCCAGUUUCCCUCCUUCCCAUGAACACACGUGGAAAAAAUUUACAUACAGGUAACCUUUACUUUAACCCCCCCCCCCCCACCCUCCGAUUGAGCAUUUAUGACUACAGGCACUACACUAAUAUUAAGUAAACGGUUUAUAGCACACUGUAAUGCAGUUGUAAGUAGCUAUGAAUGUUUAGUGUAAUUAUGUAGAUAUAAGACAACACUGACUUUUUGAUGAAACAUUCGUCCAAGAAGUCCACAUCCUUGAAGCCUUUUCUCUGAAAAGUUAAACAGAAAUUAAUAUUCAAGCGGAAUGUCAGUCAGAUAAUUUUUGUGUCAGGGCCUCGUGAGCAGACAUAAUGAAUUUCUUCUUCUCUCUUCGAGCUGCCCAGCUUCUGUGACAGCGUUAAUUCUUGGCUGCUGGACACAUCUUUCUUCCUGGUUCGUUUAGCAUGAAAUACUCGUUCUGACUCGUGAUGAAUUUAUUAAAACCCAUCCACCAGAAGCAGAAAGUCUAAAUAAACCCUUUAUUCGCUGACUUACUCUUAACAGACGUGAAGACACUUCAGAACCCACAAUUCAUCCUUCUGUGGGAGCUGCUGUAUCAGCGGUGCUCUCUAUUUGUAAAGAAUAUCUGAUGUUAUAAAGACACAAUUGUCUUGUUCUUAAAUAAAGGACAAACCACACUUUUGAAACUUUAUUUUUAGAAAGAAUAAAGUCUUAUAUUUGGAUUAAUAUGGUAUUUGUCAUAGAAAAUAAUUAUUGCAUUGUCGAUUAGCUGCUGAUGUAUUUUCUCAAUCAAUUACUGUAAAAUAUUUCUAAGUGAAAAUCAUAAUCUUCCUCAACUAGCUUGUUUUUAUUUGACCAACAGUUAAAAACUUCAAACACAUUGAACAAAUCUUCUUCCUGAGGAAGAUGAAAGUAAAUUAAAUUGUGAAUUUUUGCCUGAAAAUUGUUUUUUGAAAAGAUUCUAAAAACAGUUGCUGGUUCAUUUUGUGUCAACUUCUGGUUAAGGCUCUAGUAAUGAUAUAUAUUAUAUGGUACAUUAGUAAACACUUAAAUGUUCUUAUACCUUCAAACAACUGCAUUAUAGAGUGUUUAUUAUAUGUUUAGUGCUUUCAAUGCUACACGGGGGGGGUGAAAGGAAAGUGUCUGCCAGAUUCAUGCACGUUUGUCUCCCAGGUCCUUACACUUAACACUGUACAUGAAGAUACUGAGAUGUGUGUGUGCGUGCGUGUGUGUGUUUCAGAUGAGGUUUCUCUGUUGUCUGAACAUCUGAAAACGUCUCCUCUGUUGAGUCCCCCCCCCCCUCCUCUACUUCCUCGCACUGAAAGCUGAGCCUUGACCUCCUACCAACAGACCCCCACCCCCUUCUUUCCUUCAGAAGCUCCCUCACUCCAUCCCUUCGUCUCUCCCUCCUCCUCCUCCUCCUCCUCUUAUUCCCAUAUUGGCGUGCAUGAAAGGGCUCGACUGCUCGUGGCCAGAGCAGUGGAGGAUCACUCCGGAAUUGCCUUCUAAGUGGUGGGAGGGUUUAAAGAAAUAAUAAGCCGUGAAAAAGUAGCCAUACUUGUCUCCCAGAAUCCAAAAAUACGAAAACAAAAAAUAGGGGCCACGCUUUUUUACAUUUUAUUUUUCUACAAGUGCAUUUUUGUGUAUUUAUUCCCACACUGCGGUUAAGGAAAACCUGUGAGCUAUGAAUGUAUAUCGCUUUUACUUUUCUACGGCUAGCAACAGCCCCACUCUAGUGCCUUUUUCCUGCACCUUGCAGUGUGAGGGGGUGGUGUGCGCUCUCUUAGCCAUGGUCACACAGAUUGAACCCACCCCCCUCAAAACGCCCCCCUCCGCGGGGGAAACAAGUGUUAAGUGGGAUGCCUGAAUAUCCAGUAUUGUCUUAAUGGCGUUCAUCCCUGCGUCUCCUUCUCCAGUGUCUUUGUAGGCUGUCGUCCUCUUACCGGUGAUAUUUCUGUUAAUUGAGCCCUGUAGAAAUUUCGAAGAUGACUAUUUUUCAUUGAUGGUGGUCAUGUUUUUGUGUUCCUGCUUUCUGAGAUUAGAUUCGGUGUUUUUUAAAGAGGGAGCAUCAGGUUACUGUGGUAGUUACAUUAAUUAGCUCUAGUAACAGUUGCGUUCAGCUGUGUUUUGUGCGUGUGUGUGUGUGUUUUGUGAGACGGUUGUUGUUGAUCAGGGUGGGGGGGUUCCCUCUUCAAGCGGAUUGAAGUAUUUGAACUGAGAGUUUGAUACCAAGUUAAGCAGCACUUGAUCUUACAACAGGACACAUGAGCAGAAACAUAAGCUAAGCAAAGCACUCCUUGUGUUUUUCUUAUCCCUGAAUAUUUCAAAUGUAUUCCUCAGGGGCCUGAAACAUGAUGAAACUGUGACAGAGGCUGACUGGUCUCAUGAAGCUGGUUCACUUUACCCAGAGACGGAUCUGACUGACGGUUCGAUCAAAAACCUAUGAAGGACUAAUGAGCACAAGGCAACACAUUGUCACAUUAGUGGAUUCACUUGGCUUUACAUGCUAAAUACUGUAUAUCAGACAGAGGUUAAAUGUUUGUAGCACAACAGUUUCUCUUUUUAAUAUGUUUAUGCCUUUUAAUGUAGACGACAGUAGAGCUUACAGCCUGAGUAAUAUGACUUCUGAGGUGGAUAUUGAUUUACAGUUGAAAACUAAACUCAUUUCUUUUUUACAAGAUACACUGAUACCAAAAUAUAAAUACACCUGCAGUGCCAGGGCGAUUUAUCAGCUUGAACUAACAACAUUUCACCUCAUUGUCAGAAGCUCCUGGUCUAAAAACCACGACAUUCAACAGCAGGUGCUCACAGAUCUGAACUGAAUCUUAAGAGUUGUAAUUAGUUCUAACUUUAGCUACAUGCUAAGUGAUGAAAACUGUUCUGAGUGAGAUUAAAUAAGGAGUUUCAAGGAGAUUUUUAUUAGAGGAUUUGAUACUGAAUCCUCAUUCGAUAAAAUCAGUCCCUCUUCAGGCCGGUUUUCAAUACUUAACAUUUACAGUUGAUGAAUUUUCUCCACAAUUCUCAGAUUUGUCCAGUUUGGUCUGUUUGCUGCGUUAAUGAUCCAUUACUGGAGUUCACUAGUGUCAUUUUAUCAGUCUGGCAAAUUAACUUCAAGUAAAAUUUGUGCAGCGCUGUUUCCACUGCUCAGUCCAUUCUUUUUAAUAUCAGCAGGACCCAGUGCUUUGUCACAGGCUGCAGUAGUAAACUGUUCUAUAAUUCUCACUCUUUUGAUUAUUCAGUUAUUUUCUAUUUAUAUUUCCAUCAUGUUUACAAUGUAUCUCUAACUUUUCAAGUCUGAAUAUAUCAACUGCAGCUGCUCCGACGACCGGAUAUCUCCGCAGGCGUGGACAGUUUUAUCUCAUAUCUUUAUAAUCUGUUAAUGUGACACGUGAUCGUUUUCUUGUUACACUUGUUUCAUCUAAACAAACACGUGUGCGGCUUUUAAGAAAACCAGAAACCGGCUUCAUGAGACCGAAGCCAGAAAACUUAAAAGAAAGAGGGAGGGAGGUUAACUCGCUUCGUGAUUCAGGCCCCUGGUGUGUUAGUUCCUGUGGCCCCUUUAGGCUUCACACACAUGUACACACCCACACACACACACACACACACCAAACCACUGUGGUACAGACCUUCAAUGAAUAAUUCCCUCCCCGCCCUCCUCCCCUCGUCUUCAGUUCUCUUCCUGCCGACAGUGUUUUUAUUCUGACGCUUCGAUAGCUUUAAUUCUCCCCCUCUCGUCCUCUGUUGCCUGCCUGGCUCAGCGACAUGUUCACACUCCCUCUGUCCUUACUGUAACCUCCGCCUGAGCAUGGAAAGUGUGUCUCAAAUACAAAGUUUUAAAAAAUACCCUGGAUCCCUGCCGCCUUACGUGCCCUGCAGUAACCCCCCCUCCUCCUCCUCCUCUCAUUGCCCUCGCUCCUUCCCCUUCAUUUUCUCGAGGUGUGCCUCCGAACUUCAGGCCGUGAUUAACUGAGAAUGAACUUUGCAACUGUGUGAGUGACGUUUGUGCAUCUGCGAGUGUAUUUGUUAGCGAAAGGAGGGAAUUAGAGAAAAAAAAACACUCUUCUUGCUGUCGCCCUCCUCUGUUCAUCGAUGUGGGAACUUUUAAGUCCUCGUUCAUGAACUCUGACCUUUGACCAGGCACUCAUUCAGUCCCUUGUGGUGGAGGAGAAGAGGGGGAGUUAAACAGGGACUGGAGAAGACCCACUGUCUACCCACAGUCAAUGUUUUAUUUAUGGACCUCUGCACUUUUGGCUGUGAUGACUUCAGUACUUAACGUAGUUACCUGAACUGUAUUUUUAAGGAUUUUAUACAAUAUUUACAUGCAAUACAAUAUGAAUUGAUUUUUUUUUUUUUUUCCUUUGCCAACUUUAUUUCUUUCUUUCUUAUUUAAUUGUCUUUACCUUUGGCAUGUUUGGUCACUAUUAUUCACAAACAAACAUGUCCGUCAAAUCUAUUUUAGGCAUCAAAUGUUGUUAUGGGGAUGUUCCCUGUAUGUUGUGUAUCAUGAUUCUGAUGACAGCUGAAAACCAAGAAGCAGGUGUUGGACAAACGUUUGCUGGAUGAGCUUAACUUCAUCAUAUCUCUGCUUCCAGUAACAAAGAGCUGGACCUGAACGGGGACGUGAGGAGUCCAUGCUUCAGUUCAGUGAACUGAAAACCCUUUAUUUUCUGUCUCUUGUCCAGUUAUGAUUUGAGUGUUUUUAUUUUAGUUUUAAACCCUCCUCAUUAAUAGAAUGAACAACAAACUGACACCCUCACGUUACUGCUCUGAUAAAGUGAACCUGAAGCAACACAGCAAUAGGAAACGGUAGUUUGCGAAGUUGUGGGGAUCUGUGUGGAGCCGCUCAGUUCUUCCGUACGCGACAUCACGUGACUCACACUUUGUGGCUCUUUCACAGCCGGAACCGUAUGAAACCGAAACUCGAAGUCAUGACGUCCCGUCCAGGUUAGACUCUGUUCCGUUAACUCCCGUCACGCGACAGUCUCUCUCUCAUCUAGUAUUUCUCACAUCAAUGUUUCUGAAAGAAGGAAGUCAUGUUUCCAGAGUUUUACCUCUUGAUCACAGGAAACAAAAAACUACUGCUCUCCUUAAAACUACAAGCACAACAGCGCAGGUAGUUUCAUUUCUUUCCACUUGUAUCCUCUGCUGUCUUAAUGCUCGUUUCCCCUCUGUCCUGCUGAAACCACGGCCUCUCGGCUCACCUUUCAUCGGUUGUGCUUUUAGCCCACAAAUGUCUGAGGCUUAUGGGAAAUGGUUUUCAGUAAAGGCUGCAAAACAUAACAAAAACGAGAUAAUAGUAAAAUGCUAAUGACAUCUGACAUCUCUUCUAAUGCUGGAUGUGUUGUUAGCAUAGCUACAAAUACCCACAAGUUCCAGUUUCACCUGCGCUUUUUACGAGCACCUGCAUUAAAAAUAAUUAUCAGGACACUUAACUACGGCUCCCAGGAUGCAUUUCUGCAAACUCUGUAGAUUCAAUUUCAAAUUCACUGCUGCUGCUCUGACUCGCACCUCCGCCUGGUAUCUUCUCCAUGGCAACGGCAGCUGAGGCUCACGGUUGUGGUCGUAUUUUCGAGCCGUCCACGAUGGUCGUCACAACAUGAACCCGUACGAUAGUUGGAUCAUCCAGGAGAGUCCCGUGUUUCUGUGCUGAGCGACACUGACGAUGUUCAUGAAAGUGAAAAAUUUAAAAAACAGAAUGGAGGAAAAAAAAACACUCCCACUUUGCAACUCUAUGAGCAGGUCUGUGGGAGUGGAGCCUUUCAGCUGCGACUAUUAUAUAUAAUACGUGUAUAAUACAGCAAAGGUAGAAUAUUAUCUACUGUGUGGAUCUUAAAGAGGACGAGGAAAAAGCAAAAAUAUUGAGCAAAUGGUUCGUUGCAAAUAUGUGGAGGGGGGAGGGAGGGGGCAUGUGCAGACGGGGUGUUUCCUGUGUCAGUGGUUGUCAUAAUGUGUCUGUGACAAGGGGACAGGGUUUGCCUGUAUUUAUAAAGGUUUGAUUUGUUUUUUUAACUGGGGAGGGGGGGUCUGAACUGUGUCCAUAUAUGUGGUCGAGGCUGCAAACAACUGGCAGAACAAAUGAACUGGAUGGCAGAAGAACAAUUUGGUAUUUUUAAAAGUAAAGACUUGGCAUAAAUGCCACCAUGUGGCCAUUUGAUGCAAGUUGUUAACAAGGACAACAUGUUAUUUUAAUGUUAUUUUUUAUUUUGAAAUCAUAUUAUUAAUAAAGUCAUUAAGUACUGUU